GUGGUGGUCUAGCAAACCGACGCCAUCACCGCCAUUUGCGAAGUAACUGUGCUAGGAGCUGGAUGCCGUCGCUCCGCUGUCCGUGUUUGUGAAAACUAUUUUAUUCUUUAGACUUAGUGUUUAGUUACACUAAAAUUCAGUGUAUUGCGUGAAUUUAAGCGUCAUUGACUGAGCGGCGGUAAGCGGAAGCGUCGUCCAAGAUGGCGGACGAUGAGCAGUUCUCUCUAUGUUGGAACAAUUUCAAUUCCAACUUAUCGGCGGGAUUUCAUGAAUCCCUGCAGCGUGGUGAUUUGGUGGACGUGACGCUGGCUGCUGAAGGUCAGCUAGUUCAGGCACAUCGCCUCGUUUUAUCAGUAUGUUCCCCGUAUUUCCGGAAAAUGUUCAACCAAAUGCCUAAGAACCAACAUGCUUUCGUUUUCCUGAAAGAUGUUACCCACUCGGCGCUCCAGGAUCUCAUACAGUUUAUGUACUGUGGCGAGGUGAAUGUGAAGCAAGAUGCCCUACCCGCCUUUAUCAGUACCGCCGAAGCAUUGCAAAUCAAAGGAUUGACAGAAACGGGCGAUAGCGCACCAGCACAACAGUCGCCUGUCAAAGAAGACCCGCCGGCGGUCCCUGUGGCGACAGCCAGUAUUUCCACCACCGUCCCCGUCACUCCCCAACGAACAAAGGUUCAACGUAACCGCAUUCAAUCGUACAAAUUAGAAUCGGAAGAGAGUGGCGAUGACAAAAUAGUGCAUUUGCAAGCCAGCACAUCUCAUCACGUGACGGCCCAGCAGCUUCAGGCCCAGACAAGCGCUAGCUCUCAGAAACGUGCCAUGCCACAGCGUGGCGUUCAGAGUCAUGCAAGCAAGCGGACGAAAAUGUCCAUCAGUGCUAGCAGCGACGGAUUGGACACAUCGGACACGGUAACCACACCGACCCAGGCACAGACCAUACAGACAGUCCAGAUAGUGAAGCAACUCCCUGCACAAGUGAUUGAGCCGGAAUACAUUGAGCUACCGAUGGAAUCGGUCAAUCCUAAGGCUGAACCAGACUACACGGACGAGGCAGCCGAAAUCGAAACGGUUGAUGCUGAGACGGAACAGGAACACAAGCUAUCGGAACAUGAGCAAGGCGAUGCGGACGAUGAUGGCAACUACGUUGAGGAUGAAACGUACGGAGACAUGGGCAUGGGCAAGUACGAAGAAUCAUACCUAACGGAAGGCGAGGAAGGAGCGAAACCUGGCGUAUCUGGAUUCGUGGAUUCGUACACAUCGGACGGAGGAACUGGCACGGAACAAUCGACACAAGUAUGCGAAGAGAAGCGGAUUAGCAAAUCGGCGGCAAACAGUGAUUGUAGCGAUACGGACGAAACGGUGGCCGUGUUUGCCAAGACGAUGCGCGGCAAAGAGCAGCUCAUCUACAUGGGGCAACCGUUUGUGUUCGAAAAGCUCGUCCUCACGCACGGGAGCGAAUCGAAAAAGAUAUGGCGCUGCAAUCAGUGGUGGAACCAGCGGUGUAGGGCGCGCGUGUACACGAUCGACCGGCAGGUUACGCCGCUCAAUCGCUACCACACGCACGUGGACAUUGUGAAGCGCAAGCAGCGGGUGGUUAGGCGCGAAAGGAGCGGCACUGGUGGCUGUGCAGCAAGCACGCCGGCCGCCAGCAAAUCUGCCAACACAGCGGUCCACGUACAGCAACCACAGCAGCAAUUGCCACCGUCCAGCACAGCAGCGGCGCCCAUCACAAAACCAACGGAACACCAGACAACCCUUGGCGGCAGCGGCAGCAGCAACAAGCCAAGAUUGCCCCGGUUGGUGGACGGUGUCCGGCAUAAGAUAUACGAUCAGGUUCCGCUGCACGCCGGCAGCUCGGUGUACAUCGCGACGAAAGGUCUGCUGUCGAUCUACACCUCCAAGCCGGCCGUUUACACCGGCAGACUGGUCGAGCUAAUGUUUGGCGUGGAAACGCUCAAGCGCAGCUGCCUGAAUGGGAGCGAGCAAACCGACCCGGGCCUGGUGCCGCUCGAUCCGACGAUACUGGACGCGGUGAUCACCCACAUUGUGGACGUUUUCCAGCAGCAACGGCAACACAUCACGACCGGUAUGGUGCGCAACUUUAUUCGCAACCGGAUGGAGCUGUUGCGGACGAAUGCCGCGAUUGGGGGUGGUGGUUAUCUGUCGUCCAAAAAGCUGUCCAAGCACGCGCCUCCAAACAGCAAAGCGUAGGGGCUUUCACCUGUGUGAACGACCAGCCGGUGCCGAGAAAUGAGAAAUAAAGCGCAAUUUUUAAGCAUAAUCUUUAGAAGCGGAAUGUACUUUAAGGGCGCACGGUAUUUGGAUCUACUUUCCCACCCAUCGUCACAAACCUUUGACUUUCCUUCCGGAUCGAUCACAUUUUAAAGUGGCUUUCUCUCUCUCACUCUCUCACUCUCGCAGUGGACAAACAGCUGACGAAGCGUAAGGGCACCGAGCUAAUCUCGCUGAUCGACAACCAGGAUGUAGCGUUCGGCGAAACGGACAACGGUGGCAAGCAGCUGACGUACCGCAAUUACAUCUACCAUCGGAACCUAACGACGGGCAGCACCGUGUACUGGCGCUGCUCGAAAGCGAUGCGCCUCAAGUGUAAGGCGACGAUCGUGACCAGGGGCGAUCUGAUGCGUGUCAACAACGUCGAGCACAAUCACGUCCCGAUGCGCCGACUGACGUACGGAUUGGGUGUGAACGAGAAGCGCAAGCUGAAGAAACGCAACGAUCCGUGGACUCGAUGAGCGCGCAAUAAAAUUGGUUUAAACCUCUCGCAACAACCGAACUAAGGCGUUUUGGGCGUCGAUAACGAUCGGCUGGUUCGCGGGACGAUCGUUUCGAUCUUCAUAGCGAUCAGCCCCGAACGGCAGCUGAUACGGUUGCGGGACAAACUGUACCAGAAAACGAUCGGGCGUGCGUACCGCAGCGUCUGGACGUGCAUCGAGUACGGGUGUCCGGGCGAGAUCGUGCUGCGGGAGCUGAAGGGUGGUCAGAUCAAGAUUACCAGCGCGCACAACGACGACUGCACGUCGGACUACUUCAAGAACCGCCCCGCGCACCAGAUGCAUCUGAACGAAAGCGAACUGACGCAGCUAGAGUUAAGCAUGGCAAACAGAAGGGUGGUGGCGUGACGUGUGCUGUGCCGUGGCACAGCAAACUCCUCCGCACCGGAAACUUGGCAAACACGCAAUAAAUAUACUAGGGCUUCGCGCUUUGUUGCAAAUGGUUCGGCCAAAUAAGCCUCUUCUUAACCUGCCUCUCCUCGAUAGUUGUUUGUUCGUUCUAUCACAUCGAUGCUUCGCGAAGCGUUUGUUCUGUUCAUCCACCCUAUAUGAUUUUGUAAUUGUUUCCUUUUUUUCUUCUUUUCCGCCACUGUUUUGCAGAACCAGCACGCUACAUUGUUGGAGUGCGGGGUAGCCGGAAGCUGAAGGUGGGCGACUAUACCUUCACCAGGAACAAGGAGUGUUCGGACAAAACGUACUGGUCCUGUGCCCGGGCGGGCAUGCAUCGGUGCAAAGCGCGCGUCCUCACCUACAACAACAAGAACGGCGAACAGACGUACAUACUGCGCAACGGCUUCCACAAUCACGAGCCGUUCUAGUGCAGCAUUGCUUUGCUUGUGUGUACAAUAAAGCUUUUUCGGUCGGGCGGGCAUGAUUGCUUUAUGAAAACCAAUAAAACGAUCUUAAGACACA